AUGUCUUUUGCUUGGACAGUGUUAGUAGUAGUUUUCCUCCUUCCUGGUGCUUACUGUUUCAGCAGAGAUGAAUUCCCUUCUCACUUUGUCUUUGGUGCAUCAACCUCAGCCUACCAGGUUGAAGGUGCAGCAGAUAAAGAUGGUAGGAAGCCAAGUAUUUGGGAUACUUUCAGUCAUGCUGGAAAUGGAAAUAUGUACCAAGGUAAUGGAGAUAUUGCAAGUGACCAAUAUCACAAAUAUAAGGAAGAUGUGCAACUCAUGGCCAAUAUGGGUUUAGAUGCCUAUAGAUUUUCAAUAUCAUGGUCAAGACUUAUUCCAGAUGGAAAAGGGCCUGUCAAUCCUAAAGGAUUACAGUAUUACAACAAUGUUAUCAAUGAACUCAUAAGCCACGGAAUCCAACCACAUGUUACGUUACACCAUUGGGAUCUACCACAAACACUUGAGGAUGAAUACGGAGGAUGGGUUAAUCGAAGCAUCGUGAAAGAUUUCACAGCAUAUGUGGAUGUGUGCUUCAAAGAGUUUGGUGAUAGAGUUAAGUAUUGGACCACAGUGAAUGAGGGAAAUGUGUAUGCAAUGUUUGGCUAUGAUAUUGGAAUCUUACCACCUCAGAGAUGUUCUCCAUCCUUUAUAGCUAAUUGCUCAAAGGGAAAUUCUUCAACUGAGCCAUAUUUGGCAGCUCAUCAUAUGUUGCUAGCACAUGCUUCAGCUGCAAGAUUGUAUAGGACAAAAUAUAAGAGCAUGCAACAUGGUUUUAUUGGGUUUAAUAUUCUUGCUUUUGGUUAUGUUCCAAUUACAAAUACUAGUGGAGAUAUAAUUGCGGCUCAAAGAGCCCGAGAUUUCAUGAUGGGGUGGUUUCUAAACCCAUUGACAUUUGGUGAUUAUCCUGAUAUAAUGAAAAGAAAUGUUGGUUCAAGACUUCCUUCCUUCACCAAAAAGGAAUCGAAUCUCGUCAAAGGAUCAAUUGAUUUUUUAGGAAUAAACUUUUACUACUCAUUUUAUGUUAAGAAUAAACCUGACAAACAACACAUAGAGGAUAGAGAUUAUAGGGCAGAUAUGGAAGUUGAAACUAUAGAUCUUAUACCAAAUGAUACUUCUAUAUAUGAGGUUCCGAUUACAACAUGGAUUUUGCAAGAUGUGCUAGACUCGGUGAAGAACGAUUAUGGAGAUUUUCCAAUUUACAUACACGAAAAUGGCCAAAAAACAUUCAGUAAUUCAUCAUUAGAUGAUUGGUCUAGGGUGAAGUACUUGCAUGAAUACAUUGGAAGCAUGGCUAAUGCACUAAGGAGUGGAUCAAAUGUAAAAGGUUAUUUUGUAUGGAGCUUGUUGGAUUCAUUCGAAAUAUUGGGUGGAUAUGAAAUAAGUUAUGGCUUAUAUUAUGUUGAUAUGAAGGAUCCUAAUUUGAAGAGACAACCUAAACUCUCUGCUGAGUGGUAUGCAAAUUUUCUUAAGGGGAAACCUAUGGAUCCAAAGGUUAUGAUUAAGAUUGAGAAGAAUCCACUUUUGCCUUCACACACAUUCUUCCUGCAUAAUGCCAAGUAG